AUGGAAGCAGACGAUUUCCGUGAACCCCGUACGCCCCGUAAUCGUCCUACCCAACGAGCGCUGCCUGAUCAUUAUAGCCCGGUUACCGAUGCAGUACCAAGUCCCGAUUUGAACAUUGUGCACAGGCGCGACUUGACGCAUUAUGAUGCAGCUCAUAACCAACAGGUUAUGAGCCCAAGGGCUCCACAUAGCAACCCCGCAGGCGUUACUGAGUCACCAUCGCCCUUGCAGACGGCUACCCUUGUGCAGGCAACACGGCUGGAGAUCCCGACGUCAAUCCUUCAGCAGUUUGCACAGGCAGCUUCACUGGAUGCUACUCUGCUUCACGACAUAAGAGCGGCCGUAGUCGAACUCAAUGAUCGUAUGCAGUACAGAUCCAACAUCUUGGGGGAUGCAUGUGUAACGCUCCACUCUGGAUACAAUGCCAUGGUGGAUAAUUUGGACAGGCUUCAGCAAGGGAUGGAGGCCCAUAGCCGUACCUUGGCCUGUCUUAUGAACGAAAACCAGUCAUUGAAGCAGCAGAUCGACUCCACACGUGAACAACUCACGCAGUCCAGGCGAAAGCCGAGGCUGCAGUGUUGGGCCAAACAGUGGCAAGCCCAGGUUGAGGCUCACAUUGUGACUAUCCAAAAUAAUCUUGAUGCUGGAUUCCGGAAAGCCAGCUCGGAAAAGGAUGAUCUGCAGACCCGUCUUACUUUGCUUGAGCAGGCGUGUAAGCGGAAUGAUGGCAGGUUAGAUGACUUGGUCCAAAAGGGCCUUGGCGAACAUGACGGGGCAGUCAUGCCUGAGGUGCGUGCCGAGAUGGAUACGCUGGGCACAACGGUAUGUGAACAUAUGCAGCGUCUUGAUGAGAUGUUCCAGGACGUUGCAGGUCUACACGCCUCAGUAGCUACCAUGUCGGACCGCCAGGCUGCGAUGGAGCAGAACCUGGAAGUCUUGCACCAGACAUGGGAAGCUUAUGCCUUGCACAGUGAUCUCCUUGAAGGGGAAAACAUUGUGGAUGAAGCAGGCAUAAAUGAGUAUGAAGCCGAGUGGUGGGCCGCAGAUCCCUGUAUGCCACGCGGUCAUCAAACCGAGAAUCUUGACACAGCCGCAGGACCACAACCUGCAGAGCACCCGCCCGGCUUGGAGGUGCAACAGGAUGGAUCUCGGGAAUUGCCUUCGGCCGCAGAGCCGAAACCGGAGCAUGGAUCCGUGGCGAGUGUCACGGCAGGUGCAAUACCGCUCGGGCGUUGGAAGUUACUUCAGGAUGUUCCAUUGCUCAAUCUAGGUUCUGGGGAGCCCUGGGAACUGGGCAUGCGACUCAGGACGUGGAUCAAACAAGUAGAAACUAUUUCCAGUACGAUUGCGGGCAGUUUCGGUGAUUACGUAAAGAACCAGUUUCAGAUUGCCGAUCAGCGCCAUCAGAGACGAUCAUCUGGACUAGUAUCACUUGAAGCACUGAGGGAGGUUCCACUUGCCGAUCUUGAGAAUGAAAAUAGGUUAGUCCUUCUCUUGAUAAGGUGGAUUCCUUCAGAGCUAAAGCAAGGGGUUCUUGAAAAGAACGAUGAAAGCGAGCCGAUUCGGGCAGUCGACUUGCUGGAAGGUGUGUUGGAGACGUUGCAGCCCGGAGGGGCAGCCGAAAUGCAAAGUCUUAAUGCGUUUGUCCGUAGUUUGCAGCCUGCUUCCACGGCGAAGGAAGCACUUAGCACAUUGCGUCGCUGGCGCCUCGCGCGUACUCGCGCGACAUCGCUAUCACUGCCCCAGGUUGCGCCGUAUGAGGAGCUGAAAGCACUUGAGACCCUAGUUCGGAAUCUUGAAAGGCGGCAUGAUCGCUUUAGGACAAUGCUGGGUCUGUUGCGCACGCAGCCUGAUAUCAUUCGGCCUACGGUUACGGGUGUCGAAUCCAUGGUAGCGCUAAUCGAUCAACAGCUGCAGCUGCUGAGUGCAGACGAACAUGUGAAAAACAAUCGCCAAAACGAGCCGGAUUCACAGGCGGCUAAGGGAAAAGGGGGAGGAAAGGGCAAGGGGGAUGGAAAGGGCAAUGGUGGCAGCGCCGCUACGAAGCCAUGUCCAUUUCUUAAGAAAUUUGGUUCGUGCAAGUUUGGCGAGAAAUGCAAAUUCAAGCACGAAGGUGAGGCAGCCGCAAAGCAAGCAUCAGCAUCAUCAUCGCAGGCCCAGGCCCCACUGGUAGGUGCACAGCCCAAUCCUAAAGCUUCAGCCGCGCGAGUGAAGUCGCAUGUUCCAAUGGCUCGGAGUUCCGGGUACGCAGAUUCAGCAGAGGCUGAGGAGGAGAGUAGUGCAGCGCCUUCUUCAACUGAGGAGGAGAUGCCAAUGCACGCUGAGGCGAGCACGCCGGAGUGGUCCGAUGUUUUAGAUCUUAGCGUAAGGGAUUAUGUUGCGUGGACGCAUAGGCGCACGGGACAAUAUGUAGAUGAUGAAGGUCGUGGGCCACCUGAAAUUCAGAGCUUUGCAGACAGUGCCUUUUACACUGAGCCGAAUCCGCGGUCGGUGACGUGGGCAGUGUGGUUCACUGUCAUACAUGACCAGUUGGAUGAGGAUGAUAGCGGAGUGAUUCCAGUGGCUGAUGGUGUAGACAUGAUCAAGCUUGACGCUGCGCUGGUGCAGUGUGCAGAUGGGAUCCCGAGACCGGUUUUCGUAGCUUGGGUGGUAGAUUUAAAGACUGGCCGUGAACGAAGAUUCGCAGUCGCAAGAAUCACUCAGCAGCCGAUUGUGCGUGAGUGGCCGAGGCCACCGCCCAAUGUAGCUGCACCACCGAGGGCAACAAACUCAACAGUUCCAUGGGCGGAGAUGCGGGCAACUUCGCGGGCAGUGCCACAUGUGACACAGGCUCACCAUCCACCUGUGAGCGCUUGUCUGCAUCGACGACCGACGAGUGUGCAGCAACCGGAAUCCUUGUACCUAGAAGGGACAGAUGGAGCACACCAGAAACCCCUAGCAGCAGCCGCUGUAGGAAGUGCACUGGGGCAUGCAGGGGGGGACGAUCUUGUCCUUGCAGAUACAGGUGCAAAUGAGGUCAUCAGACCUACCGGAAACGGGCCUCCGCCCCGUUCCUCUAGUGUGAGCUUGACUUUAGCUGAUGGAAAUGAGGUUGAGGCUUGGCGCACGCGUGAUGGGGAAUUGGCUAUUCCGGGAAGUGAUGCAUGGAUCGCCCCUAUAGGUAAGAUAGUUGCCCUAGGAUAUCGGUUUGUAUGGGACCCCAUCACAGGAGCACAGCUGAAACGUGAUGAUGGUGAGGAUGAGACAACAUACCACUUGUGCAUCGAGAAUGGAUUGCCCUACUUGGCCUGGAGUGACUUUGUAGAGAUUCGGAAGCAGUUGUCCCAAGCACAUAAGGUCCGAAAGCGCAGCAUGUGUGCCCAUGUGGAGUCCCCAGCAGAGCCGCGAUAUGUGACAUUGGAGGACUUCGUCGCAUGCGAAGCUGAACACCGUGCUCAGGAGGAGCCUGUGGGACACAUUGGCGAAAGAGACAUCACCUUUGCGCCGCAUCGAGAUCUUGGAAACGAGAACGAUACCCAGAACAUCCUCGUAGUCUUGAACCAUCAGAGGGCUGUGAAUUGGCAGAAGUACCACUUGCUAUCAUACGAGGAGGCGCAGCUGGGAAAUGAGAUCGAAGCUCGACUGUUGGAAGCUAGCACGGCGCCGGCCCAGGCUGAGACUGUCGACUUGAAGGGGUUUUACACCGGUGACCGCCAAGAAAACUGGAAGGCAUCGCUGGUAAAGGACUAUGGCAAGAUGAAUGGGGUGCUCGAGGAGGUGCUCCGAACUCAGCUCAGGGAGAAGUUGGGGAUUGAUGAAUCAAAGCCAUUGCCCCGAGAGAUACCGUCGAAGAUCGUUGCUACUUUGAAGCCCUGUGACAACCCAGCUGAAGCCAACGCCGAUGGUUUCUUGGAAAAGAGCAGGCUUUGUGCACGUGGCAACUGCGAAGCGGGGGUUGACAACAAUGGUGAGCCGUGGUCAUCUUCAAACAUUCCACUUGAAAUUGUACGCACUUUCGUGUCUCUUGCUGCAUCCAACGAUGCUUGGACGUUGGGCGGUCUUGACGUAGAGGAAGGUUUUUUAAAAGUUGACAUAUCGUCCGGGGAUCCUGUGAUUCUUAGCCCGCCGAAAGUCAUGCGGGAUCUGAACAUGGUUUCGCCAAAUACGGUGUGGAUCGCGCGCAAGAAUAUCUACGGAUUACGUCGGGGACCGACGGAAUGGCAGAAGGAACGAGACACGAAGCUGAAUCAUGCAGUUAUUGAGCCGACAUCGUCCGACGGACUCUCAGCAUUGACCCUGGUUCCACUCAAUCUGGCUGCAGGCUUGUGGAAGGUGGUGGAUUCGCGUGGAGCGGUAGUAGGAGCAUGCUGUUGCUACGUUGAUGAUGGUCUGGUUCUUGGAUGCGUGGAAGUUAUCCGAGGAGUGACUGCGUACAUCCAAGGGCUCUGGGCAAUCAAGGGUCAGGGAAUUCUUGCUAAACCCAGCGUGAACCUCACCGAGGAUGUAAAAAUCAGUGAUACCUUGACUUUGAAACUUGUUCAGUGCAUGCGGUUCUUGGGCGCGGAAAUUUCUGCUUCAGAAACAGGCUUGCAGAUUGGACAGGCCAAAUAUGGGGCCCAGGAACUCCGAGCACGGGGCUGGCUAGCAUUAAAGGGGUCUGAGUCGCUCCCGGUACCUUCCGAAGGACUUGCGGGAUCAGAACUUCGCGAUAGCAAUUUCCAGCGCAACAUGAAGUUGGCUCGGAAGGAGGCCGGAACAUUGAUGUGGGCUGCGUGCCUUGGAAUCGCUUCAACGCUGAUAACUGUACGGCCUACGGAGAGCCUUCGGCUGUGCAAGGGAAUCUGGCGAUACCUUCGGGGUACUUGGGACAAGUAUGGUUACAAGGAGUCCGAAGGUUCAGAGGCCAAUGGCGACGAUCAAUGGGUGUUCCGGAUUGUGUCGGACGCUUCUCUGGCCCCAGGCGGGGCUCGCUGA